AUGGAUUUUGGAAGUGUUGCAGAGAACAAAAACGUGCAGCUGCAGGAGAAGAAUGAGAGGCUGAAGCAGCUCGGAGACCCACAGGAGAGGACGUGGAAGCUGGCUGGCUCCAAAACAGAUCUGUCAGCCAGAAUGGCCUUCAGUGAAGAGGAAAAACUGAAGAUUUCCAAAGACCUCGUUGAUCUCCAGAUUGAGACAAACAAACUGAAGGAGCAGUAUGAGACGGAGAACUUUGAACUGAAAAAUAUGAUCCUGGCCCUGGAGAACCGUGUGCUGGAGCUGGAGCUCCGCAGUGAGAAAGUCACAGGGGAGCGGGAUGCCUUACAGGAACGUCUGCAUGCUCUAGAGACCAGUCGGAAGGAGCUGGCAGAUGAGUACAUCAUUUUGAAAAGCAAUUACCUGGCCCUAGGUAAAGAACUGGACCAGGAGGUCAUGAAGAACGAAGAGCUCAGCCUAGAGCUGCUCAACCUGGCCAGUGCCAGAAGCACCCUUCCCCACACAGAGAGCAACCACUACCACUCCCCCCCCACAGCCAAUGAUGAAAGAGUGCGAGCAAUGGUGCGGCGUCGCUCAGCUCAGGAGGUGAAGCCAGAAGACAUAGUUGCCUCUGAAAAUGAGCAGCAAAAGCUGGAGAGAAACUUGCUUGGAAACCAGGAUCACAUAAAAGUGGAGCUUGAAAAACUGAAGAAAACCUAUGAUUUGCAGCAGCAGAAGCUGGAAGAGAGAGUGAUCACAAUGGGGAAGGAGCUGCAGGAGGCUAAGAGAGCAAUCGGGGAUGCCCAGCACAAGCUGGUGGAGCAGUCAGCGGUGCUGCUCACCUCCCAGAGCCAACUCCACGAGGUAGAGGUGGAGAACUCACGGCUGCAACUCCGGCUGAAGGAACUGAACGAGGAAUAUCGCUCCCGGCUUGCGCAGUACAUCAAGGAUGUGGCGGACUACAUGGACAGCAAAUCCAGCAACGUAACGGGGCCUAGAAAAGCUCCAGCUGACCAUGCUCCCAUGAAACGCUUUGUGGAAAGCAUGCUGAAGGAUAUCAGGGCUUCCUACAAGUCCCGGGAAGAGCAGCUAGCUGGGGCAGCACGUGGCUACAAGAAACGCAUGAAGAACUUGGUCAAGAAGCACGAGAACCUGCUGAUUGCUUACGGGCUCCAGCGAGAUCAGAUCCGGUCCCUGGGCAGCAGUGCUAUGGACUGUGGCCCUGCCGAGCUCCACCUUUCCAUCACAGACCCAGAGCUGCUGACAAACACAACCCAGGAGCUAAACCGGCUGCGGGAGGAUAAAGCAAAACUGGAGCUGCAGCUACAUGAACUGCAGAAGGUGGUGGCAGGACUGCUGGAUGAGGAGGGCUGGGCAGAGGUCAGAAAGCAGCUCCGGGAGUUUGCACGCACCACCCAGGAGGAUUUGGAGCAGAAGAGGAGCCAGCUGCUGACUCGGGCACUCGUGGCAGAAGAGCAGGUGUCAGAGCUGCAGGAAUACAUAGAUAAGCAUCUUGCAAGGUACAAGCAGGAGAUCCUCCGGCUGAGGAAGCUCACUGGCAGUGAGGUGCCACGCACACUCAGUGCUGGGGCAGCUGAUAUUCCCUCACUGCCCAGAGCCAGAAGGACCAAAAGCCACCAACUAUAG